AUGCCAAAUAGUAGAAAGAUUGGAAUCUUCGGAACACUGCUCUAUUCAAAGAAUGGUAUCUUGACAUUGGCUCAAGAUUAUCAUGGAGAUAUAGAACGUAAUCUGUGUAUUGCCCCAUUUUCUUAUGAUCACCGCGAUGAGAUACGAUUCGGAUGUCAAGUUCAGAGUCCAGAAAGCUCACUUCGUGGAAAAUAUUCAAUCUACGCUUUUCCGAGGGUUCCCUAUGACAAUGAACAGAUUAUGGGAUUUCAGUACGGUGACAUGACUGUACUUAUCCGUCAAAGAGGAAACACUUGUAGUUGGAAAUGCAAGCGUGAUACCUAUUUUGUGGAUGUUCCAUCAGCUGUUGACUUGCCGAGAUUGGACAUUGAAUCAGGGAAAAUCGUCAAAAUGUGUUUUGUUCAAAAAGAGAAACGAGUCUCAUUCAACCGAGCUAUCACCGAAAUCAACUAUCAAAUCGUUGAACAACCCUAUCAAACGCUUAUCGACGACCAAAUGAAAGAAGAAAGUCAGAAAGUCAUAUUGGCUUUGAAAAAGUUCUAUGUGCAACUUGGCUUGCAAAUGUGUUCCCAGUUGGUAGAAAAAGAGUUUCAACUGCCGGAUGAAUGGAGGAAAAUCAUUUUGACAAGUAAUGAUACAGAAGGAGAUGUUAUCGCUGAAUACUCACAAACUUUUCUCUGGGAAUCCUACCAUCCUUUUGAUGGAAAUUCUCCUUUCGAAAUCCGUGGCCUAAUCGCUUAUCAAGAUUUCGAUGCAAGAACCGCAAAAUUCUGCAAUAUUUUGUCUAAAAGCGACGAUUUUCAAGACUAUCUCUCUACUGUAAAACCAGACAUUAUUGUUGUGGAUUUCCAUGAUUGCAUGUCAGCACUGUCUUCCCUUUUCAACACCACUGUCAUUCAUUUCUCGAAUUGGCCCAUCUUUGAUGUGUACUUGAGGAGUUUCGGAGUCGUUGGCACAAGUCCCGCAGCUUAUCCGGAAACAACUUUACCAUAUUCUGGGCUUGGAAUGAGCUUUUUCCAGAGGAUAACCAAUCUCUGGAUUCGACUUAUAAAGUAUCUCUUUCGAGGUAUCGGCGAAUGGCGCUCGAGCAAGACAGUGCCUGGACUCUCUCUUCGACGCAUUGAAUCAAAGAGAUUACUCUAUGCGAGUCGAUAUCAAAUGUUGGCUGAACCAGUUAGACCGAUCUCUCAACGAAUACGAUAUUUUGGGUACAAUCCCAUACUUAACAGACCAUCAAGAACAGUGGAGAAAGCGAUCAGUGAAGAAUUUUUGGGAGAAAUUGAACCUUCUCUUCCAUCACCAAAAAACUGGACUCUCAAAAACGGGAAAAGUGAUGGAAUGUUGAAUUAUCAGAAUGAAAGUUGCACUGAUUUUUGUCAACGUCCAACAAGAAAUUAUUUGAAAUUUAUUUCAAAUGAAGAAUUGGAAACAUUGUUGAUGGAAAAAUUUGUUCUAAUCACUUUUGGGAGUCUGGCAAAGAUAUCUUUGAUGAAUAAAGCACAGUUCACUAAUAUGGUGACUGGCUUUGGAGUGCUGCCAUUUCCCGUUAUCUGGCAAGCCGAUCAAAGGUCUGAGGAGAAAUUCGAUGGGAUUUCUAUUCCAAAGAAUGUUUAUUUUGCUGACUGGUUACCGGUGAAGAGGAUUUUAAGCUUGGACACAUUGCAGUUCAUCGUUUCGCAUGGAGGAGUGAACACGCUGAAUGAAAUGCUUCAAAUGGGAGCCACUGGGAUUUUGAUGCCAUUGCAGGGUGAUCAAUGCAGCAAUGCUAGACGACUUCAUGAUCUGGGAGUCGUCGAGUUCGUGACGCCUCAUCGACUCGAGAUGGAAGCAUGGAAGAAGGAAUUGAGAGGAUUUGUGGGGAAAUUGGAUAAAUUCCAAGCCCGAGCUGCUCAUUUCUCGAAGAUGCUCGUCGAACACGCGCAACUCAAUGAAGUCCCGCAAAAGUACUGGCUCGAGUGGGCAUUGAGACACGGCAAGAAAUCCUCAGUGAAACGUCUGAUGGGAGUCGGCGUACUCCAAGAUUGGAACUUUGAAAUGACAAUUUCAGCCGCUUUUUCUUUCCUUAUUUUCCUUUAUACAAUC